CCCCACUGCCCGGCCCCCCUCCUUUCUUCUUUCCCUCUCCCUCCCCCUCCCUUUCUCCCCCGCCCCCUCUCUCCUCCGCGAAAGGUGCUCCAUCCCACUCGCGCGUGUGCCUCUCCCUCCCCGCAGCCAUGGCCGUGAAUCUCGGCCUCAUCCUGCCCUUCGUGGUGCUCCUCUGCGUCCAGAUCUUCAUGGUUCUGUUCAAUGUCACGGCCGGCUUGGUGCCGGAGAAUCGCCUGGCCUACCUGGGGCUCAUUGACCUGCUCUUCCCCAUCCUGGCUCUCUUUGCGGCCACUCGCCAUAAGUCCGGCCGGUCGUGGCCGGCGUCGAUCAUGCUGGUGUACAUCUUCUGGUGUUUCAUUUGGACGGUGAUGGGCAUUCUGGUGAUCUUGGUCCGUACCAAGGUCCUAGUGUACAGCGCGGAUAACAGCUUCCUGGUGGCUCUGCUCGGGUCGCCGGAUGCCGUGGUCCCUCGGGUGACGGAGAUCGUCACGUAUGUUUGCCUUGGCAUUCAGGCGAUCGGCUUCUUCUUUGGCAUCGUUGUUCGCCUGCGCAUCAUCGCCGAUGACGGCUACAAGGGCACCAGCAGCUCCAAGUUCCUGUAAGCCAGCCCCCAUUGCGCACCUUGCCGAUCGAUGCGCAUGCAUGUGUACCCGAGGGUGGCUGUGCCUCUCGCCUUGGUGUACACUCUCCACCGCGCACACGUGCGAGCUUGAAAAUAUACCCAAAUACCAGAAAUCCCCUCCUUCUUCUCUUCGUCCACCGCCCGCCUCCGGAAAGCCACGAGCGUGGGGGAAAAAAACAACAACAAGGAACAGCCUCCCC